CUGCGGAAACAUGAAGAGGGUAAAUAGCUGUGUGAAGGAUGAAGAGCAUGUCCUGGAGGAACUGGAAACAGAAGGUGAGAGGCAGCUGAAGAGCCUCCUUCAACAUCAACUUGAUACCUCUGUCUCCAUUGAAGAAUGCGUCUCUAAGAAAAAGAGCUUUGCCCCUGGGACUAUGUAUAAGCCCUUUGGGAAGGAAGCAGCUGGGACAAUGACUUUGUCCCAGUUCCAGACACUACAUGAAAAAGACCAGGAAACUGCUUCUCUCAGGGAACUAGGGCUCAAUGAAACAGAAAUAUUGAUCUGGAAAAGUCAUGUUUCAGGUGAAAAGAGGACAAAGUUGAGGGCAACUCCUGAAGCAAUACAGAAACGGCUUGAAGAUAUUAAAGAAAGGAUCUCAGAACGCCAGCGCAUCCUUUGCUUGCCACAGAGGUUUUCAAAGAGCAAACAGCUGACCAGAAGAGAAAUGGAAAUUGAAAAGUCUUUAUUUCAGGGAACUGAUCGUCACUCCUUCCUUAAGGCUCUUUAUUACCAAGAUGAACCCCCAAAGAAGAACAAAGGUGAUCCCAUGAACAACCUGGAAAGUUUUUACCACGAGACUAUAAUGAAAAAACGUCUUGAAGAGUUCCAACUUUUGAGAGGUGAACCCUUUGCUUCCCACUCACUGGUCUCAGCUGCAUCAGUGAGUGGUAGUGGCACAGCUGAGAACCCAUCACUCAUCCAGGACAAGGGAAAACAGGCAGCACAGGGUAAAGGCCCCAGUCUCCAUGUGGCAAAAGUUAUUGAUUUUCCACCUGAGCAAUGUUGGACUGGGCCUAAGAAGCUGAAGCAACCAAUAGAAUUUAUCCCAGAAGAUGAGAUCCAGAGAAACCGUUUGUCAGAGGAGGAGAUCCGAAACAUUCCUAUGUUUUCUUCAUAUAAUCCAGGGGAACCAAACAAGGUGCUAUAUCUGAAGAACCUUAGUCCUCGGGUGAAAGAAAGAGACCUUAUCUCAUUAUUCGCUCGAUUCCAGGAGAAAAAAGGACCACCCAUUCAGUUCCAAAUGAUGACUGGACGCAUGAGGGGACAGGCUUUCAUCACCUUUCCCAAUAAAGACGUAGCAUGGCAAGCACUGCACCAAAUUAAUGGAUAUAAACUCUAUGGGAAAAUAUUGGUGAUAGAGUUUGCAAAGAGCAAAAAGCAACAGUCAGCUGUUCAACAUGCUUCCCUUCUAACAUCUGCUACAGAUGGCAGAACAGAAAUCAAUGGCAGCUAGAAAUCCAUAUCUACACACAUGUACAUGCACAUUUGGAUAUAUGUAUGUAUGUAAAUACACACUCAGAUAAUCUUUUUCUUUUAUCAUAAUCUUAGUUCAAGAAUACGUAUAUUCAUAAAACUUUGUUGAAAAUUGAAGAGGAAAUAUAAGAAAGACAGAAAUUAGGACAAUGACUCUCAGCAUUUGGAGAGAAUUGAUAAAAAUAUUUUCUAUAAUUAAAUACUGUGUAGUAUUGAAAAAUAUUAUAUAAAAUUGAUAAUAUCCUGAGUGUUAAAGAUAAUAAUGAAACACUAUAUAUGGCAGAUAAUUCCCUGAGGAUUAAAACCAUGUGAAAACCUUUAGUUCUCAGGAUAUAUUGCAUAGGACUAUUCCUGAAGAUUCCAAAAAUUCUUUAAGAAUUUUGUAGUCUUCAGUGUUUAGUCCUAGAGAUAAGACUUUUUCUAGGACUGUUUCCUGUAUACACAGUUUUAAAACUAACCCAGUGUUAAAAUAUUUAUUUACUAGAACUCAAACUCAAAUAUUUAUUUACUAGAACUCAAACUGUGUUUUGGCAGAACUUUCAACAGUUUCAUUAGGUAGAUUCAUAAGUUUUAUCAACUUAUUUAAUGAUUGCUUCCACACUAGGUUUUCAGAGUCCUCAAAAACAUAUGUAUUAUUAUGACACCUUUUAAACCAAAAUAUUGGUAAUCUAUGAUACUAUUGAAUUCAAAACAGUAUAGAUUAAACAUGGAGUACCUGCCUAAUAUAUGUUAAAUAUUAGAUAUAUGAACUUUCAAGAGGAAUGAACUAGCCUAUAUACUAAAGGGACAAGGUAAGAAAAUUCUUUAGAAGAAAGGCAGCCUGCCUCAAAUUCCCUAGGGAUUUGCUCAUAGUUGUUGAAGAAUAGGAUCCUAAUAUGGUUUAGACGGUAGAACCAACUUUGGAGUCAGACCUGUGACCCUCAGAGUCACCCAUGUUUACCACCAUGAGCUUAGAACAUCUUAAUCUGAGCCUCAUUUAUCUCAUCCAUACAGGAGCAUUGCUUCUUACCUUUCCAAGAUAAGGAACAAGGGGAAAAAAAUGAAGGAACUGUAGGGAACUCCACAAGUACAUGGAGCAAUAUAUAAUAAUAAUUCCAUUCAAAAAUGGAGAAAGAAUCAUGAAAAUACUGCAAAAGCUCAAGUAAAAUGGCUCAGAGGGAACCAACAGAAUCUGAGUUCAGACCCUAGAACCUGAUAAUAACAGGACAAAAAGCUAGGAAAUAAUGCUAUAGUUUCUUUAAAAAGAGUAUAAAUCCAUAGGAACAAAUAAAACAAAAGGGAACUAAGGUGGCUACAUUUUACAAGGCUGUAAAUUAAUUCAGCUUCCUAAAAGUAACAGAAUUAUGUUGGUAAUUAUACUGUGCUGUUAUCCCUGGGAUGUGUAGAAAGUCUGCAUGACUGUCAUACCCCAAAGCAUGAGGAAAAGGAAACAAAAAUACUAGAGGUAAAGAUCUACUUUUAAUUUAAAAGGUCAGUGUUUUAAGAUAUGAAAAUUUUAAUCACAUAUUUUCAUAACUACAGGGCCCCCAAAUAACCUGAAACAAGGUAACAAAGUAAAGAAUGAAGGAGAAACAGACAUGUUCCAAGCUGGGUGGAUACUCAGUGCCUACUUCCUAAUACAAGUAGUGCUACACAGAUGAUAUACAAGGAAGUAGCCAGCUUCAACACUGAGCGCUAGAUAAAUCUGAAAGACAGCCAUAGAACAUUCUACCCUACAGUAGAAUAUAUAUUUUCAUCCCAUGUAUAUGAAAUAUCUUUAGGCUAGAUCAUUAGCUGAACCACAAAACAGGCCUUAAUAAAUACAGGUAGACUAACGUAAUAUCAAACAUGUUUUCUUCCACUUGGAAGGAGGUUACAAAUCAGUAACAAUAAAUUGGGAAACUCAUAAAUAACUGAAAAUUAGUGAUACUUAAAUACCAAGUAGGCCAAUAAAGAAGCAGAGAAGAAGCUGGAGAAAUGGCUCUGCAUAAGAGUACUUACUGCCCUUGCAGAGGACCUGAGUUUGAUCCUCAGCAUCCACACUGGGUGGUUCCUAGCUACCUUUGUCUAUAUAGGACAUGUUUAGAGACAAGCCUGUUAAAUGUGAAGAAAGAUUAUGUAACAAUAAUUCAGUUUAUAUCUUAAGCCAUAGGAAAAUAAUAGCAAACGAUACCUAGAACAAACAAAAAUGGGAAAACAUGCAAAAUGCAUUAGAGUAGAAUACAAUAGAGAAAAUACAAUGAGUCUAAGUAAGAAAUUGGCAAACCUUUAUAGCAGUAAAAGGUAGAAUGUAAUCAUUAGGAGAAAUAAAGGAGGGAAUAUUGCUACUGGCCUAUGAAAAAUAAAAGGUGUAUGAAGGAAUACUAUUAUACUCAUGUGUCAAUAAAUUAACCUACUAAAAAUGAACAAAUUCCUAAAAAGAUAAAGUACCAAGAACCAAAUAUAGGAAACCAGAAUAGACCUCAUAACAAAUAGGCUAAAUAAGUAACAAGGCAGAUAAGCCACAACAAUACCGAUGCUUACGUUGCUUUUGAUUUGAAUUCUAGAAUUCUACUAAAUGUUUAAUAAAACAGUAAUCCAAUUUCUUCACAAGCCGUUUAUUAAAAAAAUAGGGAAUACUUCUGAGAUAUAGUACUAUAACAUGGGAGUACCCUGAGAGUAUGUUCAGGGAAAGAAACCAGUCACUGAUGAUGACAAAUUGUACAAUUCCAUAUAUAUGUCAAAUACAGAGUUGGUUUUAAAAAAUACAUAUAUAUGUAGUGAUAAAUGGUAGGCAGGGAAAACUAGAGUGUAUAGGGCUUCUUUGCAAGUGGAUGAAAAUGUUCAUAAAUUUCAUCAAUGUUUGUAUAAUGAUGAAUAUAUAAAGUAGGUGAAUGUCGUGGUAUGUGAGUUAAAUCUCAGUGAAACUCAAAAACAUAGGAACUUGGACAUUAUCCGAAUGUCCACCUGUCAACAUGAGUGACUUAUAACUUAUGGCACAUCCAUUUAGUAGGGUAUCUGAAGCCAUUGAAACAGUAGACUAGAUCUAUGAAUAUAUUGUAACCUGUACCCAUAUCCAAGAUUUUAUAUUGUUAUAAACUAAGAUACAUGUAUGUAUGUAUGUAUGUAUGUAUGUAUAAGAUAUAUGUAACAUAUUUUUAAGUAAAUAGUUCAUGUGUAUAGUUUGUAGAGAUAAUAUAAAAACAAAUAUAGGAAUGAAAUAGGAAAUGUAUAUAACAGGCUUACCUUCUGCAAGUGGCUCUGUACAAGCUAAAAAAAAAAACACCUCCACCUUGUAAACAUUUUUAGGUGGUAUGAUUUGGAGUAAUUUUUACCUUUUUCACUAGUUUUUAAUUAAAGUAAUUUUUAAAUAUUCUUACAAACACUUGGCUUCCAAAAUAUUCGUCAGACCUCCUCUGAGGAUUUCUGACUUUACUCAGGACAAACUUCUAUUCAUUUGCUAUAUUGCUCACAUGGUUAAUGCUCCAAUUUUUCAUAGAGUUUAAGGGAUGAGAAGUGAAGGAUCCUGGUUACAGCUUCUUGCACAUGUUACCCUGGAAUACACUUCUCAGCCAGGUUUCUCAGAAGGGACUGCUUCCUCUCAGGUGGGAAACCUUACCUCCUCCUUACUAGACCUGCAGACCACUUAAAAAUGGAGAAAAUCUAGUAGAGGAUACCUUUCAACUGGUGCAGAGAUAUAGAAACUGGUGUAACCAGACAACAAAAUUCUACUCAGCAAUAAAAAACUAAGGUACCAUAUAUGCAACAACUUGGAUAAAUCUUAAAUAUAUUUUGCUAAGUAGAAGAAGCCAGACUCAAACGGCUGCUUACUGUUAUAUUUCAUUUCUGUGUUUUCUGGAAAGGAUGAAACAAUAAGGCAGAAAAAGCACUAGACACCAAGUAUUGGCACAAGGGAUUUUUUUUAAUAAUAGGAACUUUCUGUGUGUUAUUUAUAGUUACAAUGUGUAUGUUUGUUAAAACUCAGAGAAUUAUGCACCAAAAGAAUGAAUUUUAAUGUGUGAAUUUUUAAAAAUAAAAGUAACUUUGAAUGAAA